AUGGGAUUGAGCCAAAUCUCCACCCCAGACAUCGGCUUGGCGGCGGCGAGCAACCACCCCAACGCCUCCGGCGGCUUGCCCGCCUCUUCCCUUCCUCCGUCGUCCUGCAGCAACGACGAGUCCUACAAGUACGUCUUCCUGCCCGUAUGCUACUCGCUGACCUUCGUCUUCAGCCUCACCCUCAACUCGGUGGUGCUGCUGCGCUCCUGCCGCCACCACAGCGGCUGCUGCGGCGGCGGCGGCGGCGGGCGACGCUGGAACACCUCGCUGAUCUACAUGAUGAACCUGGCCACCACCGACCUCAUGUAUGGCCUGUCGUUGCCCUUCCUGGUGGCGAGUUACGUGCUGAGGGACCGCUGGGUGUUCGGCGACUUCAUGUGCCGCCUCGUCCGCUUCCUCUUCUACUUCAACCUCUACUGCUCCAUCUUCUUCCUCACCUGCAUCUCUGUGCACAGGUACCUGGGGAUCUGCCACCCGAUGAGGACCAUCACUCUGGAGAGCAAGAGGGUGGUGAAGGGCACCUGUGCGCUGGUGUGGGUGGUGGUCUUCAUCCUCACCUGCCCCAUCUUCCGGUUCGCCCAGACAGGAUACGUCCAGCGGGGGGGCGGAGGGGUCGUCGGGGACGGAGGAGCGAGGGAAGGCAGGAACGGUACGGCAUCUCAGUCGGAGGACGACGGCGGAUACACGAACUGCUGGGACGAUGCCAUCGACAAGGAGUUCGCCGACUACGUUCCGUACGGCAUCGUUCUCCACCUGCUCGGCUUCUUCGUGCCCUUCGUCAUCAUCGGCUGGUGCUACUCUCAGGUGGUCAGGACCAUAUUUCAGACCAUGCGCUCCCCUCGCAGCUCGGUCGAGGGCGGCGGGGAGGACGGUCCGGUGGGAGACGGAGCGACGGAGGGGGUCAGAGACCGGGACAGAACCUCGGUCUCCAUCUCCGGAUCGCAGUACUCGCACUAUAUCCGGCGGCGGCGGAAAUCCAUCAAGACCAUCGUGACCAUCACGCUGCUGUUCGCGCUCUGCUUCCUGCCCUUCCACGUGACCCGGACGCUGUUCCUGCUCCUGCGGCGGGGGCAGCUCGGCAGCUGCAACGUCAUGAAGACCGUCUCCAUCUGCUACAAGGUCACGCGGCCGCUGGCGUCCUGCAACGCCUGGCUCAACGCCCUCCUCUACUUCCUGACCGGCGACAAGGGUGCCCCCUGUUGCUGGCCGGUGGAACACGGCGUCCGCCGGGACCGCCGGGGCGGCUCCCUCUGGUGGCCGCUGAAGAUCCUGAAGAAAGAUGGCGCAGGAGAGGACGACCAGGAGGCGGCGGAGAAGAUCGAAAGGGUGGUGCACAUGGAGAACGAGUCCAAGUCCUCGAGGGUCGUCUUCUAGAAGGUUUCAUUGAUAAAAAACUUGAACAGGAAGUUGCUCGACUUUAGU